UAAAGUUUAAGUAGUGUGACUUCGUCCAUAAAAUUAUUAAAUAAUUUCAAGGAAAGAUUUCUAAAAAGGUAAAUUAAAAAAACUGUUACCAAAUCUCACUGAAGGGGCUGUGAAGCAUUUUAAUGCCCCUGAGGCUGUUCCACUUUUUGCACAGUAUGAGCUUCUCCUAUGUACCCAUUUGAAAGCAAAAUGCCCAAAUCCAGUAAUUCAAAGCCAUACAGCAAGUCAUUGGCAGGUCUGGGGUUAGAAUUUGGGAAUUACUGGGUCCUGGACUUGUUUAGCUUAGCUGAACACAAGGAAUUCCUGCUAUUUUUUCCAGCUCAUCUUGCUGACCUUUGGUUGUAAGAGGUCAAAAUUGGAUGAAGCAGGGGAGUAAAUGGAAAAGAUGUCAUAAAGCCAAGGUUCUGUUUGCUCUUGUAUCACUGGAAAUGGCUUCAAAUAGUGGCAGAAAGAAAGAAAGAAAUGUUUAAAUGCUGCCCUCCCGGCUAGCUGAUGACAGAAGUGGAGGAGGGGUGGCAGAUUCCCCCUUGAGCUCCCUUGAAUCCCAGUGCCAGUGGGACAGAGCAGCACACGGGUCCCAGGGUAACUUUAUUUGAUGAUAAAACUUCCCCUCUUCACCCUGGCGACGAGGAACAGGGGGGCAGAGAGAAGCUUAUAUCUGGGGGCAGGUCUCAGGGGAGGGUACAGUCUUCAACAAAUCAGGAGAAUUGGGAGUAAAAAACCAGGCGGGAGCCACAAUGUAUAAACAAAUAGAAAUUCCAAGGGGGGAGAGCAGUUUCAGUAAACUGAUAAAGUUUGGGGAAAUAGAAACUAGAAACUAACAACAGGAAAGUGACGAAAGUUCUGGGAAAAGGCGGAACAAAAAGGAAACAAUGAAAACGCCCAUAUUACAAAUCAAACUAUAAACCUACGAACAAAACUAAAAGCACAAUACAACAGUUAAACAUAUAUUUAUUGUAAAAUGUGAUGCAAGCUGCAAAUUUUAAGCUUUGCUGAGUAACUGCACUGCAGAAAAGUUUAAGCUUUGUACUAAAUAACUUAAUUCUUGCUGCUGCAUAUUUAUCUUCUGGAAGACACAGCUUAUUUCACCAGCAAAUAUAAAAUAGGGAAGACUUGCUCUGAGAAAUAAAGGAAACCUCAAGGUACCAGUUGCAUUCUGUCGUGGGUUUUGAGCAAUGACACUUUCCUGUACUUAGCAGGUCGUAAAAGGCAAGAAGCUGAAACUACUACUUGUGUGUCUGGAGAUAUUUUUUUUGGAGAUAUUUUUUUGUGUAAAGUACACACUUUGCAGUACUCUUGUUCUGAAAAGGUCAGCUCUUUAUCAGUUUGCAAAGUGUUAAAAGUGCUUAAGCUUCUGAGCUAUUUAAAAUUUCUGUGUUUAGUUCUUUUUGUUCCUAGCAUGGCUUUUUCCCCCCCAGCAUGGCUUUUUGUUCCCCAGCACUGCUAAGGUCCAGUUCUUUUAAUGAAUUAUUUUUCUGUCAUUGUGAUAUUUUAUGAAAAAUCCCUUCACCAGGAUUUUUCCUGAGAAGCCUUAGAAAAGAAAUGUAAACAAUAAUUAUCUGAUUGUUUUGGAAUAUGGUAUGGAGCUUGUUUACCAACAGGUGCAUCUUUGAUUGGUUCCAUGUGAAUUGUUUUUACUUAAUGAUCAAUCCCAGUCUAGCUCUGUCAGACUCUCUGGUCUGUCACAGGUUUUUAUUAUUCAUGUCUUUCCUAGCCUUCUGUCUGUAUCUUUUCGCUAUUCUUUUUAGUAUAGCAUUCUUUAAUGUAUAUAAUAUCAUAAUAUAACUGAGAUUGUGCCCCCGGUCGUGGGAGGCGAUCAGGAGUGGCCGUGCCCUGUCUCUGCCACCGGCGGGCAGAGUCACGGUUUGGCUGGCUCAGAACGUGGGUUCAAUGCCUGAGGAUUCGUGGCAAAGGAAAUAAGGAAGGACCCUGUGCUUGCUUUUAUUUCUCUCCUGCACGAGGAUGGUGCUGCCAGGGUUUUUCUCCCGCGUGAGGAUGGUGCUUGGAGUGGCGCCGCUUGGAGCAGAGGCACUAGGGCGGCGCUGGUGGUGCGAGUGAUCCCUCUCCUGGCAGGAGCUGUGUGAAAUCCCAAGCUGCAUUUUGUGUGUCAGGUACAUACAGGCAACGUGUGUAUCUGUGAUUGUAAUACAUGUGGAAACUGACCAUAGGACAGUUAUCAAGACAAAUUCUAAUAAAUAACUGAGGAGGUAAAGCAUGGAAGAAGGCCUUUGAACCUAUAAUUUGUUCGCAAUUAUAUAAGUCUUAAGUUGAUUUAGGAGCAUUUGAAUUAAAGGAAGUUUAAGGAUGUUGAUGUUUGACAGGAACUUUCUGCUUGUAGCUAAGCCUUAAAGAGUUUUGCAAUAAUAACCUUUUGAAGUAUAAUUUUAGAAUAUUGCAUGUAGUAAGGAUCUUUGAAACUAUAGCUUUAGAAUAUAUAAAAAGGAAACAUGCUUAUCUCAAUGCCUUAACAAGUGAAAAGCAGCUUGAGAAAGGAAGAUGAACAUCAACUCAAGGAUUGAUAGUUUUGACCAAGGGAAGCUGGACAUCACUGUUAUGAGAUAUAAUCCUUGCAAUUACAAGGUGGACCCACAUCUGGAAUCUGGACCUCACCAGCUGGGAGACUUCUUUUGGAAGCUGGAUCCCACCAUCUGGGGAUACUCCUUUCUUGGAUACAUCCUGAGAAAAACUGAAUCACAAUAGUGUGUAGAAUUGUGACAUAAAAACUUGGAAUAGAAACUGCUGAUGAGUAAAAAUUGGGAACAGAAACUGCCGAGAAAGCUUAUGAGUAGCCCUAUAAAUAGCUGUAAGUCUCAGCUAUCAGUGUGCAGUUGGAGGGAAAACUUCCUCCACUGUACCCAGCCUGUAUUGCUCAUACUUUACCAUAUUAAUUAAUAAAUUGAUUGCUCCUUGAAUAUUAGACUAGUCAAGCUUCUCAUUUAUAACAGAUUUGGUGCAUUGGCCAGGAAAUUUCCAAAUCCAUCGAGGGAGACUCCUGAUCUCAGGGAGACCUUGGAGGCUUUUGGCUCAGGUGGCCCUGAGUGACUGGGGAAUCUUUCAGGGAGGAGGAGAUCUUUAAGGUAAAUUAUGAGCAAAGAAUUUUGAGCUCCUGGAGUAGACUGCAGUAAAUUCACCUGUAAUAACUCGUGCACGAGGACCCAGGAGAGAAAAGGAGGCUAGGAAGAAUACCUGUCCGAUAUCAGUGCUCAUCUUUGCUGAGUAAGGCAGGUCAGCUGCAGGAUUAUCCCACCCCUUGGACUGCAGGGAUGGAGCAGAGGAGAUGGCUCCAGUUGGCUCUGGCACUGCUUCUGGUUAUCCCUUUCUCAGCCAGAUGUUCACUCACAGACAAUUCUGAGCUCACCUCUCCUGAGAAUGUAGUUGGAAUUGUUGGUCAGGAUACAAUCCUUCCUUGCACCAUCGCUUCCACAAAGCCACUGGACAAUCCCAAAGUGCAGUGAAGAAAAAUCCCAGAUGGGUACUGAGAGGACAUCUACACAUAUAGCAGUUUGGGGGUGAACCAAUGCAGAAAUACAGAGGACAGACAUCGGUGCCAAGAGAUGGAUUUGACACUGGAAAUGUGUCCCUGACACUGAAGAAUGUCCAGCCAGCAGAUGAAGGACUGUGCAGUUACACUGUGAUAUCCAGGGAUUGGAUUGUUGAUAUGGCCACCAAGCUCAGCAUUGCAGGUUGGAGACUUUCUAGGCCAGGUUCUGUUUUUCCAGGUGCAUCUCAGUGGGUCCCUGCCUCCUGGAUACAGCUCGCUUUAUUCCUUCUCACACUGGCUGCUGGUGCUGUUCUGGUAUUUCAAGGAAAGAGAGUGGACUCCUUGGAAACUGUUUGGCUGAAGAACCACCAGCACCUCUACCAAAAAAUUCAAACUCUGCAGGAAGCUUUCCAGAAUGAGCAGGAGUCCACACGGCGUGAUAUUCAGCUCCUCAGAACUGACCUGGAGAAUGAACUGGGAUUUACCAUAGAGGCAAAUACUACAAACACUCUGGAAUCCAUGUGGAAGAAGGACCUCCAUGAAAUGUCCCAACAAGUUCAAGCUCUGCAAAAAGCUUUUCUAAACACCCAGCUGUACACACAGCGUGACCUUCAGAUCAUCAGAACAGACCUGAAGGAUGAACUAGGAAAGACAGUGGAGGCAAAUGUCACAGGGAAUAUAGCAUGCAUAUGGCAGAAGGAUCUCCUGCAUGUCUCCCAACAAAUUCAAACUCUGAAGCAAACUUUCCAGAACAUGAAGGUUGCCAUACAGCGUGACCUUCAAAUGACCAGAACAGACCUGGAGAACAAACUAGGAAGGACAGUGGAGGAAAAAACAACCAGCUUAGAAUCCAGGCUGGAGAAGGACCACCAUGAAGCCUCCCAACAAAUUCAAACUCUACAGAAAAAUCUCCAGAACAUGUAUGACACCACACAGCGUGACCUUCGGAUGGUCAGAACAGACUUGGAGCAUGACCUAGAAAGGACAGUGGAGGCAAAUACAAGGACCAUGGAAUCCAUGUGGAAGAAGGACCUUCUGCACUACUCCCAACAAAUGCAAACUCUGCAGGAAGCAUUCCAGAACAUGCAGCAGUCCACACAGUGUGACCUGCAGACGAUAAGAGCAGACAUGAAGAAUGAACUAGAAAGGACAGUGGAGGCAAAUACAGGGACCAUGGAAUCCAUGUGGAAGAAGGACCUUCUGCACUACUCCCAACAAAUGCAAACUCUGCAGGAAGCAUUCCAGAACAUGCAGCAGUCCACACAGUGUGACCUGCAGACGAUAAGAGCAGACAUGAAGAAUGAACUAGGAAGGAGAGUGAAGGAAAAUACCUCAAGGGUCCUGGAAUCCAUUCAGCUGAUGGACAUCCAGCAGCUCUCCCAGGAAAUCCAAGUUCUGGAAAAAACUUCUCAGACUGCAUUGGGGUCUACAAAAUAUGACUUAGACCUUCCAGAUCUACGGUCCUACAAAGGAGAUGUCAUCCUGGAUGCUGACACAGCUCAUCCCAGACUGGAAAUCUCUGCAGAUGGGAGGACAGUGAAAGAUACUGGUGUCAUCAGAUUCUUGCUCGGAAAUGAGAAGAGAUUUGAUUCCCAUCUGUUUGUGUUGGCAAAGGAAGGAUACACUUCCGGGAAACACUAUUGGGAAGUAAAUGUUGGGACAAGAAGAAACUGGGCCUUGGGUAUUGCCUGUGAAUCUGUGCCUCGCAAAGGCACUUUGACUCUGUGUCCUGAGAAUGGCUUUUGGGUUAUCGCCUGUGUAGAUGGGCAAGAUUAUUUGGCCUGCACAAAUCCUUGGACCUGUCUGACUGUGACUGGCUAUUUGUCACAGAUUGGGAUCUUCCUGGACAUCCCAGCCAAGAAGGUUUCUUUUUAUGAUGUCUUUAAUGCAGUAGUUUUGUGCACUUUGAGUAUUGCUGAUGGCAGCAGACAGGAAGGCAAAUUCCUUCCCUUCUUCUCUACAGGCCUUGCUGCUGCUGAGCCUGACACUGAGCCGCUAGCAAUACUGCAGUUUUCUGAUGAUGAUGAGUAGUUUAUUCUGCAUUUCAAAGGUCAACACUUCGAUUGAAUCACAUUGUAAUCAGGCUGCUGAUUUGUGUCUUCCGAACAAAAGUAUUGAAGGAGAGGCCAAACCUGUCACAGUGGUCAGCUUUCUAAAUUAUGCUUCAGAAUGAAAAGUUUUUUGAGGGAAAUUUUAUGUUGUCAAGGGAAAUAAAUUUUCUUUCGUGGUACUAUUAAAAAACCC